ACUUCUUUUCUGAGCCUUUCUGCUAUUAGUACAAGUUUACAGCUACUACAACCAAACAUUGCCUAAUUAUAAUAAACUAUUUCAAAAUUUAAGUACUACUCUAUACAAAAAUAAUUCACCUAUUUGCAUUUCACACUCUUCCUUUUAGCCACCACCAUCCUAGCUAGUUCCACCAACAUGACACAAAACCUCCAUAAUCUUCCUCUUCUAUAGCUUAACCACACUAGCACUUUUCUCAUUACAUCUUCGCCACUCUGGCUCUGAUACCAGUUUGUUAUAUAAAACCUGAGCGGAUUUGCUCUUAUAAGUUUUUGAGAGUGAAAAAUGAUCACAGGCAAAGACAUAUACGAUGUGUUUGCCGCGAUCAUCCCACUCUACGUGGCGAUGAUUCUAGCAUACGGUUCGGUCCGGUGGUGGAAGAUCUUCACCCCGGACCAAUGCUCAGGGAUCAACCGUUUCGUGGCGGUUUUCGCGGUGCCAUUACUUUCCUUCCACUUCAUCUCCACCAAUGAUAUCUACAAGAUGAAUUACCAUUUCAUAGCAGCGGAUUGCCUACAAAAAGUGGUCAUCCUAAGUGCACUUAGUUUAUGGCUCUUAAUCACCAAAAAGGGCAAUUUAGAGUGGAUGAUCACACUUUUCUCACUUUCUACUUUGCCUAAUACACUUGUUAUGGGUAUCCCUCUUUUAAAGGCUAUGUAUGGGGAUUUUAGUGGUAAUCUUAUGGUACAAAUUGUGGUGUUACAAAGUAUUAUUUGGUACACCCUUAUGUUGUUUUUGUUUGAGUAUAGAGGUGCUAAGUUGCUCAUCGCCGAGCAGUUCCCGGAGACGGCGGCUUCUAUCACUUCUUUCCGUGUUGAAUCCGAUGUUGUUUCCCUUAAUGGCAGGGAGCCCAUACAGGCAGAUGCAGAAAUAGGCGACGACGGUAAACUACACGUAGUAGUACGACGAUCAACAGCGUCAAGCAUGGUAUCAGGCUCCCAUUACAACAAGUCCCACCUUCACUCGCUCACAUCAAUGACCCCACGCGCUUCCAACUUAACCGGGGUUGAAAUAUACAGCAUUCAAUCCUCUAGAGAGCCAACCCCACGCGCCUCCAGCUUCAACCAAACCGACUUCUACGCUAUGUUCGCUAGUAAAGCCGCCAGCCCUAGACACCCUAACGCCGCCGGUUGCGGUGGCGUUGGUGGCGGUGAUGUGUUCUCUCUACAAUCCUCUAAGGGACCAACACCAAGGACUUCCAACUUUGAUGAGGAAAUUAUGUUUAAACAACAACAACAAUUGUACUUACAACAACAACAAGGUGGUGGUGGUGGUGGUGGUGGUGGGAAGAGGAGGAUGGGGAGGAGUAUGAGUGGGGAAUUGUAUCAUGGUGGUGGAGGGUCACUUCCGCCUUACCCACCUCCUAAUCCGAUGAUCGCCGGGACGACGAGUGGUGGUGGUGGUGGGAGGAGGAAGGAAGGUGGUGGAAACCCGCCAACGCCGCCUAAUAAGGACUUGCAUAUGUUUGUUUGGAGUUCAAAUCAGUCGCCGGUUUCCGAGCAUAUGAAAAAUAAUACUAAUGUUAUUAAAGGAGGGAGUAAUAAUAAUAAUGAUCUUGGGAUUUUGGAUUCGUCUAAAGCUGUGCUUCAACAAGAAAUUGCUGCUGCUAGAGUUGGAAUGAACAAUUUCCCAGAGAACUUAAGUCCGGUCGGAAAAGAGAACGGAGAUAAGUUGGAAGGGGACGAAGAAUUUAAAUUUCCUACCACGGGAUCGCCGUACCAGACGAAGAAAGUGGUGGAUGACAUGGAAGAAGGGAAUGUAGAGGAGAUGAGGAAGCAUCAAAUGCCUCCUGCUAGUGUUAUGACCAGACUCAUUCUUAUCAUGGUUUGGAGGAAACUUAUUCGUAACCCCAACACUUAUUCCAGCCUUUUAGGCUUAGCUUGGUCUCUUAUUUCAUACAGGUGGAACAUUGAAAUGCCCACAAUAGUGAAGGGAUCGAUAGCAAUUUUGUCAGAUGCAGGCUUAGGAAUGGCCAUGUUCAGUCUAGGGUUGUUCAUGGCCUUGCAACCGAAGCUGAUAGCAUGUGGGAAAAGAGUGGCAACAUUUGCAAUGGCAGUGAGGUUUUUGACAGGUCCUGCUGUCAUUGCUGCUACUUCUAUUGCCAUAGGUCUUCGUGGUGUUCUUUUACACGUUGCCAUUGUCCAGGCUGCUUUACCUCAAGGAAUCGUGCCUUUUGUUUUCGCAAAGGAGUAUAAUGUCCAUCCUGAUAUUUUAAGCACAGGGGUUAUUUUCGGAAUGUUGAUAGCCUUACCAAUUACAAUAUUGUACUACGUGCUUCUUGGACUAUAGACAUGAUGGAGGCGUGGAUAUAGCUAGGUUUAGUAUGCUUUUGGGUCAAGGCAUCAAGAGCGCGCAACAGAAAUGAUACACCAUUCUCACUUUUAAUGAGUCUGACCUGCAAAACUGGCUGAAAAUACAUGUGUGAUGUACCAAUUUAGUAGGGCCUUUCAUCUUAUUUUUUGGAAAAAAAAUCACGACAUUUUGGAACAAAAUGAUUUAAUGUUGGUAUAAAUAACCAAUAGUUUAAAAGUUAAAAGAAACAAAUUUUAACAACAGAUCUUCCCAACCAUGUCCGAUAUAGAGAAACAUUUUUUUUUGUUAUCUUGGUCUUAUAGAUUGGUGACUACUUUCUGUCAAGAACACCACAUACAAGUGUAAAUUAAAUCUAGAGGUUUAAUUAGAAGUAGGUGUUUUUGGAAGAUAUUUAGAACCAUCAACAGAUUGAAGUUGUCCCUAGUUAAUCAUGUCUUCUUGUAUUGUACGGAGUAAUGUAAUCUUGGCCGGGAUACUUGAAAUAUAUCUGUAAU